GGGGAGCCGGAGCCGCUUUUCAGAACGUGGAGUGGCAAAAAAUGCUUUCAGUGAUCCCCGAGAACCCGCGGGUUUUAGGAAGCUUUUCGGGGCCCUAAUAGAACUGCUUUUCUUUCGAGAUUUUUUUAAAAAAUCUUGAAGCCCGAGCGGACAAUAAAAAACGCAUCCAGGCCAAUUUCCGGAGGACUGAGAUUGCGACGAACAACCAGGAAGCGGCCAGGCUGGGAGCUGUCCCCGGUUCUCCACUCUGCUCUCGAGGCCCCCUCCCAGGGUCCUUACACGGUGUUCGUCGGUCCCGCGUGGCUCUUGCCACGACCUGGGCUCCGGCCCGGGCCGAUCUUUCCCGAGCCGCCAUGUCAUCCGACUUCGAAGGCUACGAGCAGGACUUCGCGGUGCUCACGGCAGAGAUCACCAGCAAGAUUGCGAGGGUCCCCCGACUCCCGCCUGAUGAGAAGAAGCAGAUGGUUGCAAAUGUGGAGAAACAGCUCGAAGAAGCGAAAGAACUGCUUGAACAGAUGGAUCUGGAAGUCCGAGAGAUACCACCCCAGAGUCGAGGAAUGUACAGCAACAGGAUGCGAAGCUACAAGCAAGAAAUGGGCAAACUUGAAACAGAUUUUAAAAGGUCACGGAUUGCCUACAGUGACGAAGUACGGAAUGAGCUCCUAGGGGAUGAUGGGAAUUCCUCAGAGAACCAGUUGAUAAAAUUACGUGAAGAGAGGGCACAUCUGCUCGAUAACACAGAGAGGCUGGAAAGGUCAUCUCGGAGACUAGAGGCUGGAUACCAAAUAGCAGUGGAAACCGAGCAAAUUGGCCAGGAGAUGCUGGAAAACCUCAGUCACGACAGAGAAAAGAUACAGCGCGCACGUGAACGACUUCGGGAAACAGAUGCUAACUUGGGGAAAAGCUCCAGGGUUCUGACGGGGAUGUUGCGAAGAUGGCACCGUGUUGCUUCUUGUUUCUUGACCCCUGGGAUUCACAGUCAAGUUGCCUGUGGCAGAAGCUCUCAACAGACAGAGCCCGACUUGUGUGAGGGGAAUGAGGCGUCCACACUCCUCAUUUUAAGAAUCAUCCAGAACCGCAUCCUGGUCGUCGUCUUGGCCAUCAUCCUGGUCGUCACCAUCCUGAUGGCGGUGACUUUUUCUGUGAGAAGACACUGAUGGAUCUGUUCCUCCCUGACAAACAGCAACAACGGCUUGUUCUGAGUAAUUAAGACAAAAUGGUCACAUGAAUCAUUCUUUUGCGCUGACAGGCCCCGAAUGACCCUCCCUCUUUUCACCACUGUUCAGCUGAAGUGCAAAGAGUGUAAAAAUAUUUUCUAUUCCUGUUUGCAUGCGGGUCGGUUUCCUUUUCUAGGUUUGUCUUCACCCAGAUUUGUUUUCUGUAGGGGAAGGGGAAUGUUUAUUUGCCUUUUGGUGAUUUCAUCUCCUAACCAAAAUAGCCUUGGUGACAUUCCUCCUUGCCCUGUGGACAUGUCAGGGGUCACGGUUUGGGACAGGGCAUGAUGAGUCAGCCGUGGGGCAUGUGAUGGGCUGUGCUGUUUGUCACACAUCUCUUGUCACCAAAUUGCCCCUCUGUGAUGUCCGAGGAUAAAAAUGCAGAGAAAAACAGGGGCCAAAGCCAGUGACCAGCUCCAGCAAACCAGCCCUGUUCCUACCGAGGCAUAAUGAAGAUAGUCUACCUGCCUGAGCGCUUGCAUUGAAAAGGUGGAUAUUCAGUGUCAGUUGUGCAGGACAUUGACUUAGCACUUUCUGUGUUUUUCUGUGUGUGUGUGUUUUGUUUUUGUUUUUUUACAGCCAAGAACAUUUUUGCAAAGCCUGCCCAAGAUCCACUUUUCACAACUUUGAUUCCUGCUACAUGAAAUAUUUCCUUACCUUCCCCAAAUCCCCUAGUCCCCAGAAUUUGCUGACAAAGCGAGUCCUGGCACGAUAUUUAAUUGUGACCUCCUCUCCCCUGACCUGUGUAAGCAUCUCGAUACCCUUUUGGGUUUUAAUAUCUGCACUGCCAAAACAGCCCUCCUACAAGCAAAAGGUCUGACAAGGCUCUCUGCACAUCCAUUCCAGUAUGUAAAGAGAACAUGAAUAUUUCAGGAAGAGGAAGAACAUGAGUCUGUUGGUGUGAAAUUUCAAAUGUGAUUAUAAAUAUGGUAGAGUCCUAUAGGAUAAUUCACUAGAAAUAAACUUCAUGGAGAACGUUCACUAACCUUUCAAAGAAUAAGGGGUUGCAGCGUGUUACAAAGGACUGCUUGGAUUUUCUAUAAAAAAAAAAAAAAAAGAAUGUUAGCACAGCCUUCCUGAGUUCACUGUGUAUUCAAACCUCUGACGUGCUUUGUGAUUUCCUUUGGUUUCUUUCUGUCCAAGGUAACAGGGAAUUGCGUUCAAAAUGAGUUCGUUUAUGAUCAGGCUGAAAGUUGCCCCAAGCUGAGGUCAUUUUCCCCCUUGUCAUAAAGCAAAAUGUGUUUUUCUUAAGACUUCAUAGGCACUUCCGAGGUCUGUACUAUCUUUUUGAAUAUAAUUGAAAGCUCGGAAUCCUUGAAAAGCGGACCUGUUCUCUUCAUAAAAAAUGCUAACCACCUGUGCCCGUAGAUUGAGAUCACCUGGAUGCUCUCCUUUAUUUUUAUGUUUUUUCCCCCCAACUCAGAAAAGAACCGUUAUGGUUUAGAGAGGAAAUGCAGAAUGGCAAAAUCCACCAGAGAAAUCGCACUUAGCGAAACAGGCCAGGGCCUGCGUGUGUCCAGAUAAAUCAUUUAGUAUUGUGUAAAUAAAGCUACAGCCUUUACCUCGCAGGGAUGGGGUGGGAUUUUGGCCGGGCGAGGUAGGACAGUGGAGGACUGGGAAGGCAGCACUCAUUUUCCUAUCAGCUGAAGGGAUCCAUCUCAGCAAGAUUCUUUUAUUCCGAUAACGGAAAUCUGUACAUGCUGAACACAUUGGAGAAACCAUUAAAAGGGAGGAAACAAACAAACAACCUCCUUCUCGUUCUGAAACACGAAUGGCGGGGGAAGUAUUACACCAAGCUCUCUGGUGGCUGCUUUUGAAACCGUUGAUCUUAGCUAAAGUGUAAAACCAGCUCUCUACCCGCACCUCGUGCCUCUUCCCCAGGCCACCCAGCAAGCCAGGUUCAUCUGAUCGUCGAAAACCGCCGGCUCCUAAAUAUUUCAGUAAAACCUUGUGCUGGUGGUGAAGUAGAUGAAAUGGGGAGGGAGUGCAUGGCUCACCCCCCCCCCCCACUGUGGCUUUUUUUCUCGCCAGUUCUAUCUCUUUAUCAGCACUUGCCGGAGACUUUGCCCCAAUUCAACCUCGAGAGGGAGAGAAUCCGAACAGAUAACCCUUGGCCUAACAGCCCCAUCCAACCCACCCGGAGAAGUGACCCGGAUAGUGGGCGCUUUGUAAGACGCUGGUCUGAAGUCCCCCCCGCGCUCGCGCCUGGCCCUCCCGGCUGCUAGAGGGGAAAUGCCCAGGAGCCUCAGCGGAGGUCCGGCUCCACGCGGGAAGGGAGAGAGCCCAGCAAGGCGAAGCCGGUCCUAGAUCUGUAAAAGGUUCUAGGAACUUAACACGUAGACUUUGAUCGAGGACUAUUUCUGCGGUUGGGCACCUGUGCUAAAAAUGAUGUUCAAGGGGAAGGUGGGAUCGGGGAUGAAGACCAGGACAUGGAGGAGGACCGGGAGGGGGAAGCCCCUGCCAUCUAACAUUCAUGCAGACUAAACAGUUUCCCCGACCGACCGAAUAAAUAAAAGCGGAUGCUACCCUGCUCCGGAAUCAAAAGCAAUUUAAUUAAAGUCUCUUAAGUUGUAAAGAGUUUUAAAUGUUCCGUGUUGAAGGCGAAUGCCUGCAGAUGCGCGGGGCUUGACGUCAGCCGCCAGGCCUGGGCUGGGAGGCCAUUUGCUAUUCUGUUUAAGGCAGGCUGGAUUGUCUUAUUUUGGAACUAGCUUGGUGGGGGGUUUGCUUUGCUACUGCUUCUGAGCCCUGAGCUUCAAAGGCUGAAAUUAAUGGUGAACAAAAUUGUGCGGCUCUGGCCGUCCCAUGCGGGGCCAGCCCAUUGAGGGUUAUCAUUAAGUAAAGAAAUAAAGAGGGGGAAAAAAGCCUGCCUGUUCCAAAAAACCUCAUCAGAUAAUGACCUCAGUGAUUGGAUUUUCAUUACCAAACAGCAUCCAGAGAUUAUCCACCCGGUAGAAGAAGGGAAGGGGGUGGAAAGAAAGAAAGGAAAGCAACUGUCUUUCUCUCCCUCUCUCCUCUUUUUUUUUUUUUUUUGCACAUCUUUUCUUUAAAACUGUCAGAUCAUUUCAGUAUUUCAAAUCCGAGGAAAACAGCCUGCCUGCUGCUGUAUUUGAAGUUGUAAUGGUGUCAAAAAGUCACGACUGACUGACAGCCGUCAGUCCCAGAGGGGCUCAUUAAAUCAUAAAAACUUGACAAGGAAAUAAUUGCGCAUUGCCAGCAACGUGGAGCCUGUUUAGACGUUUUUAUUUUCUUUCAUUAUUAGUCCCCACCAUUACGUUCAUUAACAAAUUGCAUUAAACAACUGUUAAGGGCUAAUGAUUUGUUUAUCGCUUUUUAUUAUUAUUAUUAUUUAAACAUUAGCUGUGUCAUGUGGUACCCGAGCAGCCUCUUGCCAUCAUCUGACUGAAUAUUUUUCCACUCCCGAGCUCCGGGUACUGUUGGAAUAUGAAAUAGAUUAUUCAUUACUCUCCUCUUUGCCACUGAUUUGAUUUCAUGUAGCGUCUUCCACAGAGAAAGAUGAAAACUUGUCAAAAAUAGGUUAUAUCUUAUUCGAAGGGGCAACAAUAGCAGCAGGUACAGGCACACUUUAAUAUUUAAUUAAGGUUGAUGUUAACCCCUUUAAAUGACUUUAGCUGUAAGUUCUAUUCAAAUGCAGAAGAGAAAAAUAAUUGUUCUUAAUUUGCAACCUGUUCAGCAAGCAUUCUUCAUGGAGUUAGCUGGAAAUUUAGAGCCGAAUUUUUUAAAUAACAAAAUUUCCCAUCAUAAAUAUUUAUAGCCGUUUGUCUACGUAGUUGAGAAUUAACUACAAGCAAUGAUUUCCUCGUCGCUUUGCUUUGAACUGCUAGUGCAGUGGGACGCUUGGUGCCUGGGAGCCAAGGUGGGCUUUCCUGGGAGAAAUGCAGACCCAGAGCCAAGGACUGUAGGUGGGUGGCGGCUGGGGCUGGUUUCAAAGGAUACUCUGUGAGUCCCCUGUCUCUGGUCCACUUGUCUCCUCCGCCAGCUGAGUGUGUGGUUGGAAGACUGUGGUCUGGAGAGUAAGUAGGGAUUUCUUAAAGGAACGCUUGUGUGUCCAGUUGGCUGGUGUGGGGAGGGUGUGAUGGGGCGUCUCUGUGUAGUCGAUGAGCUCAUUGCAAACAGUGCUACCCUAAGAGACAAGAGGAGCGAUGCCUUGCUGGAACUGACCUUCUAUCUUUUUUCCUUUCUGGGACUUGCUGUUGGUGAAUUGUCAGCUUUUCCAUGGGCUCUGAGCUUUGAGGGGAAAAGCUCCUUCAUCAUCAUCAUCGCCAUCCCAGAUCUGAAGUCAGCGGCGUUCUCCACGCCGGAACGCCUGACUUCAUCCGGCCUCCCUGUCUGAUUCCGUGAGUUUCACAGAGCCAUGGAAGCCACUGUCAGAGGCCUGGUCUGUUGGUACUUCAGGGCAGGGGUGACCUGGUAAAUAACAGGGAACGAGGAGACCUUCUCUGCUGACCUGCUUUGCUCCCACCCACCUGUCCCCAGGAAGACAGACCCCUUGGGCAGCCAGCCACUCCAUGGAUGUGAAGGGGAGAGAUGGCACACGUCCCUUGCUCAGCCACCAUCUCUCAGCCUCACCCAUCCAAGGACAGACAGUCCCAGCAGGAGCUGUGGCAUAGGAGGGCCGGGUCCGGCGGGUGGGACAAGUGAAGCCACCCUAAGCUUCAGAGACCACCGUGGGCAUGGAAACGGCACACACGCCUGGGCCUGAGGGGUCUUGAAUCUCCAUGUUGGCCUGUUCCAGAUUAGCCGCGUGACAGCUUACCACCUUUGGAACGGAUGCCACACCUCGGCAAAAGAUGGGCUCAGAGUCGUUUUUCCAAAAGGAAGGAAGGCUUUGUGGUAAGCCAUCCCUAGUCUGACUCCCAGAGACGCUGGUUGCCUGAGAUGAGCCGCCAGCCCUCAAACCCGACCUCAUCCUGUGUAAUUCACUCACCUUAAGCCGAACUCCAGGAAACAUCCUUGUUUAUAUGGCUUUGCCUGCAGCCCAUUGGGCUCAAACCAGUAGUUUGGGCCAUCCAAGUUUUAUGACUUAGGUAGUUCUUAGACAAGAUGUCAGCCUUUUAAAAAUGAGGCAGGGGACUGGGUGGGCAGCUCGAGAAGUGCUUAAAGCCACAGGAUCCGUCCCAAGAAAGGAGACCCUGCAGGGUAACCAAGAGAGGCCCGGUGCAGGGAGGAGAAUAAUGCAUGUGAUCGGAGCCAAGGCUGGAGAGAGGGUCCCGGAAGAGGGGAUGGAACCAGGGUGAGCAUCGUCUCUGUUGUAGAGGAGGGAAGACGCAGGGGAUGCUGGGAGAGACUGCCCAUGUCCACUAGGAUUCUAGCUCAGUAAUAAGGGAAAUGUUCCAAAGCCUGCUUACCAGAGGCAAGUAGGCCAAAAACAAGAUGGUGGGACAAACCCAAAAUGACAGCACAAGCGGGUUGAGAAUGUGAGGAGGUGAGGGACGGAUGGCGUACGGGUUAAGGAUGGAUUCCCAGCACCAGGGACAGGAGAUGGUGAGUGGGACUCAUCCCAGGAGAUAAGAGGGAAGGGCACCGGCGUCAGGCCUCACUUUGUGCCACCCUGGGCCCAUUAUUGGCCUCCUUCAGGAGGCGCCAAAGCCGGAGAAAGACAGGGUGCCUUUCUCCCAGGACCUCGGCCAAAUCAAAUCACACAGAAUCUCUGUUGUCAUGCCUCAAGGAGCUCCCAGCAUGCUGUGGGUAAAGCACUUCCUCGUCCUGAAUCACCUCAUUACUCGUGCUACAUAAAUAACGAAGGCAUCACAGAGAGAGGGGGAAAUGCCAAGCAGCAGAGCUCUAGACUGUGAUUCUGUGAACUCGUGCACCCCUCCUUCCCUUCAUCCAAACAAGGCCCUUUGGCGUGAAUAAUAGCUCAGCGGCCCCGAAGCCCGUAUUGAUCUGCUGCACACACAGCUCCGCUGAGAGCCGCCUGGACUUUUCCUGGGGGCAGGACAGCGCCGUUCAGUGCAGCCCUCUCCUUCCCCCACCCCUCAGCCUCCCCAGGUGUGCUCAGGAGGGGACAGUGCUGGGGGAGGGGCCGGGGGGCCCAGCUCAGUGCUGCUUUGUUGCCUCAACUUUUUUGUUUUUAACUUAUUUUGCCAAGAAAAGUACUAAGUUGGACAGAAAUUUUUUUUUGCAUGAUGAGGCCCCACAGAGUUGAGAAUGAAAUACAUCCUCAGGCUCCAGCUUCUCUCCAGAAGAUUCUGCCAAAGACCCAGGCCACAGAGGCACCCUCCGCUGACACUGAAGGAGGCGUCCCGCGUGCCCAGCACUGGGUCCAAGCACCCUGGCGUGCCACACUGUGUGUGCCUGUUAAUUUUCCAUCUUAACACCAUCAGAAGAGAGACAAGCUGAGAAUGUGGCCCGAAUCUGCCACAUCUUUGGGGAGUGGGAUUGCUGUUAAAUUCAAUAAGAAACCUCAGCCAUAGGAGGCUAAAUGCACGGGGCCUGAAGCCCGCAGCCCCACACCCUGAGGCUCCAAACACUGUCCCCUUCCUCGUUCCCAUCUCUUUCUGGGCCACGUACAGUUGUAAGAUGAGCCAGGUUUCUGCACAGGAACGCCCGUGAGCUUGUAGCUUCCUGAAAUCCCACUCCGAAAGAUCCGUUUCUCUGGUGUCUGACCUCAACCCCGGGCAAAAUGCAGAUUCUUCUUCCCCUGGUCAGCUUCAGUUCCAUCGACCAGUGACCCAUUCCUGAGGGCAGAUUUUGGAUUUGGGGUGGGAACGACCCACCAUGGCAAGGAGCAGUCUGUGGUCUUUGGGAGAAGGCAGUAGAAAGGAAGGAGACCUUUGGUUGCUUGGCACCAGCCUGGUGGUUUCUCCUGGGAUCAGCUGCCCUUUGGGUAAGGAAUGGGUUCCUGGGGGCACAGCCUUGCCAUAGAAGCCCACACACACCCUGGCUGGCCCCAGAGCCCAGGACCACUCAGGUCAGAGAACACAGGGCCCUGCCAAGGCAAGAUAAUUGGGUGAGGUUCCCCUGGUACGUCCCACAGCAAUGCCCUUCCUGAGGAGGAGGAGAAGGAGAGAGGCCAGGAAGGCGGUGGGAGGGUAGUUAGAACAGUGGGUUCCAGCCAGUUGCUUUCCUUGGGGGGCUGCUGCAGCCUGCUCCCCUCCCGGCCCUGCUGAGAUGAGGAGGCCAAGGCAUUUGGGGAGGAGACCCAACCUGAUGGCUUCUGCCUCGGGCAGCGCCUCCCCACGCUGCCCCAUCCAGCGGUCUCAGCACAGCAGGGACAUCGUGACUCUCAGAGACUGUCUCUGCUUGACUUGUCUCCUCCUCAUCCAUACAUCCUGCCGCCCCCGCCAAGAAACUAGAGUAAGAGAGCUAGGGACUUCAUGGGCUCAUCAUUGUCCCCAACAGGAAUUCUAAACAACCACGCCUUUCCCUGUCUGAAGCAUGAGAGGUGUAACUGGGUUUAUUCAUCUAGUCAAAAAUACGUACUGGCUAUCUACCAUGUUCCAGGCCCCAAAGACACGUGGUGAAGAAGUGAGGUAAGAAAACAUGCGCGGCAGCCCUGGGACUGCAGGUGGGACACUGUUUUCGUCCCCAGAGCCCUGCCUUGCUCUCUGCUCUCAGGCAGGGCUCUAGGGUGAGCCGCACUGGAAACCCUGCCGCCUUGCCCAUCCCCCUGCCACCUCCCACCGCUGCCCCACCAAGGUCAGUGCCGCACCUGCCCCGAGUCCUUGCCACGCCCCCUAGUGCUGUGUGUUCCUUCCUCCUUGCGGUUCCCGCAAUUACAUGUGCAAAUAGCCCCGUUGGACUAGAGUAGAGUUGACAUUUGCCUGCCAGUGGUUGAAUCCCCAUGAGCGCUGGCUCUGGGUCCAGGACCAGCCCCAGAGAGGCAGGGGACAGGUAUGGGGACCCUUUAGAUUGGGACUGACUUAGAGGAUUUUUUUUUCCUUUUUUCUUUUUUUCUUUCUUCCUUUUUUCUGCUUAUUAAAUGAUAAAGGUUCGACUUGGCAGGCAAUCAGAAACCCAAAAUAUCAUAAAAGGGAAAAAAGUUGCCGAGUGGCUAAGAGGUGCACCACGGGAGUGUCACUGGGCUCAGCGGCGAGGUGAAUUGCUGAGCGAUGGAGCAGGAGACGUUUUUCAAAGGCUUCUCUCUCCUUCUUCUCUCUCUGUCCCCCAUGCAGAAAGGGGAAAAUAGAAGCAGAAUCCAGAUUUGGGCACGAGGCUGAUGGGUCACCCUCCCCCUCCUCCAGCCCCCAGACAGUGGAGAAACUUUGAUCCGGGGACUGGAGGAGCCUGGGCACCCCGGCAAAGGCUGCAGCACGGUCCUGGCCUCUGAGUGGGCCUCCCUCCCUCCCUCUGAGGGGAGAUGAAACCCACAGAGCCAGGGAAAUUGGGGCUGGAAAGGAGGAAAUGUGGGACCCGUGCCCCUUGGGCUCCAGGCUGGUGCGUUUGGAUGGCAAACCCAGGCAGAUGGGCUCAGAUUCACAGAACCCUCUAGCUGUGCAGGCUUUAGGGACCAUUUUGGCCAACCUGCUUGUUCAGACGGGUAGAUGGGGCACAGAGAGGGAAUGAGUCUUCGCUUGAGAAAACCCAGUAUGAGAAAAUCCAGGUCUUCAGCCUCUCCUCAGGCUUCUCUCGUCUGCACAAGGAGAUGCAACUCAGACAGCACCGCAUUCUGGAAGCCAUGGCCCAGCCACGGGGCCUCUUUGGUAGUGCUGGCCUUCAUGCCACGUGGCUAAUGUUCCUCCAUUACAUUCUUUUUUAAACCAACAUUCAUAGAAAAACUCAGUUCCAUUCCUGUUGGCUAUGAUCAUUUUUUCCCCUGAAUAUCAGAUUUUUCUCUCUUAAGGAACUGGCAGAGGGUACCCUGGGUGUCCCCUCAGCUGAGCUACUAGUGUCCCCAGGGAAAGGCAUUUUUGUGCUCAAGUCCACCAUCACUAGCAAAAGAAUCUUGUGAAAAACAAGUGAGAAUUGGAUUUCUCCUCCCCCAACGCCAAGCCCCUAGAGGCCUCUGGCAAACUCCUUGGUUGCUGAUACUAGGGGGACACGGUUUUAGAGCUGGAGGAAGCGCUGACCCUCCAGGUCCUGGAAGCCGUGGUGGUGGUGUUUGCACACCCAGGAACAGCCUGGCAGGGAGACCCCUCGAGGCUUCGCUCUUUUCCCAAAGUCUGGCAUUUUCCAGGCCGGAGGUACUCAGAGCUCUAGGCCCUUCCAUGCCACCAGCCUGGUGUGUGGCCUCACAUUGGCAAGUCAGAGCCUGCUCAGGGUUCCGGUUCUUCAUCUGGCCAAUGGGAAAGUUGGUUGGAAAGUCUCAGGAAGGUAGGCCUCUGCCAGCUCCAGUCACCCAUGGCGGAGAAAAAGGAAUGUUCCUAAUGUGAGGGCCAAAGGCCCUGGGGUAAGAUGGCAGCCCCUGGCGUGCAGAACGUCCUAGAAGAACAGGAGAUUUGGUGCAUUGAGCUUCGGAAUGGUCUUGGAUGCAGGGCUGGUGGCAUGGGCCUGUGACCAGUGCAGUCACGCACGUGACCCCACCUUCAGAAGGGCCCACACUAGGGGCUUAAUGCUGUACAGUCACUAUAUUGAAAUUCAUGAUAAUUUUAUCUUCAUAAUUGCAUUUUGUAAAUGAAGUUCGGUGAGACAAGGGACCAUGAGCAGGGAGCUUGGAGCCAAGCUCCCACGCAGUCCGGCCUCCCACCACCUCCUGCUUCUGGGGUCUGAUGCUCAGCCCCCUGGAGCCCCACUUCCACUCGGUCUUCCCACCCCAACCUCUCUGAAGCAACUGCUGCUGACCUGCCUCCAACCUGGGCUCAGGCAUGGGCGGGGUCAAGGGCUGGACGGGGCAGCCCACAGCAUCUUGCAGUGGGGCGUGGCAGCCACAGGCCCCGCCCUAUGCUGUCGGCGUCAGGGCACAUUCAGUGGGACAAACCUCUAAUCCACUCCGAUGUAGGCACCAGGUACACCUAGUGCGUCCUGGCACCAAGUUGGCCCAGCCCCUGGGGUUGCCCAUCCACUGAGGAUUGGGGCACAGACCUUGCAGAAGGGGGAGAUGCCUACCUCAACCUCCCAUUCCAGGCCUGGGGUACAACCUCUCCGUCCAGCCACUGGGAAGAAAGGGAACCUGACCCCCAGGCUGGAGGGCAAGUCCAUGACCAGGUCACAAGGCAGGGGUCAGCAUCCUGAGGGUCUGCCCUUCUCCUGAGAGAAUCCCCAGGCCUGGGGGAGCCCUCUCUUCCUUCUUCCAAUGUUCCUGAGUCCAGCUUGUCUCUUCUGGCCUGAGUCGUCUGGUUGAGGCUCCCUCUAGGAACAACCCACUACAUGGGCUGUGUAACUGCUGAUUUCCCACAUGUAAAUAUUCUGACAUUUGCCUUUAAAACCAGUGUUGCACAAUAUAAAGCUGAACAGUAAAAUUCAUGCUAGUGACUUAAAAUUUUGACUUGACUUAGACAUUAACUAGAAAAUUGUAAACACCAUGACAAGAGAGAGAGACAAGGGAAGAAAUGAAAAAGCAUUUUUUCUUGCUUUCUGAACACAGGGCUCCGUAUUUUCGUUUUGCUUUGGCUCUCGCAAAUGAUGGAGCCAGUCCUACUUGGGUGAGUCACUUUCCCUCUGGGGCACCCCAUUUCCCUAUCAGGAAACCAGAUCAUUACUUUUGCACUUGCCCCUCCCUUGCUCACGGGCACAUUAUGAAGGUGCACUUGGAUGAAACCCAUGAACAGGAUUUAGAAACCAGUGUGCGGUGCCAACCCUUGGUCUUGGAACAUGGCCCUUCUUUCUUAAAAAGGGGUUCAGCCUGUCUCAUGUAGGUUUAACCACUGACAAGUCAGGCUCUCCCCCAGGUACCGGCCAUCGGUAUUACGUCCUGGAACGGAAGCUCCAGUCUAGAAGCCUCCCCUCUUCCCUGGAAUACAGACCAAUAGCCUCUAUAUCUGGGAUCCAAGCAAGCUGUGAAAUGGAAAGAUGUCAGCCAGCCCAAGGGCUGAGGCCAGUGUGUGAAGAGUGGUCAUUGAUCUCUACAUUCAUCCCUUUUAUUUAACAGUGAGGCCAAAAUUUCAAAGGUAUCAACCCAGAGGAGGGUAGGUGCCAACCAGGUUGGGGUUGAGGGGUUAUCUCAAGAAUGGUAAAAAUCCCGAUUCCGCUUAUCCUUCCAGGAAGAGGGUAUCUCCAUUCAGAAGCAUUUCCACAGCGACAGUCAUGGAGGUUCCAAGUGACCCUUUCCCCUGCCCUGCCUGAUGUCGGAGGACUCACCUGUCCAAGGGAUGAAUGUGUCCAACGUAGCAGCCUGUCUUCUUCUGUAAAACUGCUGUUACUUAAAGAGAACGUUUGUGGGAUGAAUGGCAUAAAAGAAUGAAUGAAUGAAUGAGUCCCUUUCGAUCAAGUUGCCUCAAAUGGAGUCCAGAUGUUAAACGGCAUGCUCGACAGUGCCAUUGCAAGAGAAAGAGAUUCGGAUGACCCCCGUUUGGCUCCUUCUACAGCUUUUCCCCAACAGUGGAUGAUCUCCUGAUCAUUUUUAAAUUUUGUGGCUUUAAGUUUAUCUUAUUUCACUUCAUUUCCCUUUGAGUGCUGUCUUCUGGCUCCUGCUCCGCUUCCUCCAGCUAAUUCAUUAGGCCGGAGAGCUGCUCCAGAGUGGGAUUAGAACCCGUGUAGUACAUAGUCACUUUAAACUGAAAUCUGCUAAUUAAUGGCUCUUCUGUGCGUAACUGAACGAUAGCGCUGCUUCCCCGGGGAAUUGCGAUUUCAUGGUUCCUAAUGAUGCUGCGAUUACAUUAUCUGGAUCACGCAGACGGUGGGUGUCAGGAGCGGUGCUCAGAGCCUGUCUCGGGGCUGGGGAGAAAUCGCUCCUAAAACCAAGGGGAUGAGAGGAAGGAGUUAGAACGUCUGCUGUUAAUUGUCAUUAACACGUGCUGUUCCUUCCUCAUGUUCCGGUAUUGUUUCAAGGUCCAGCUUCCCCCAGCUCCACAAUGCCUCUGUAACCUCACUCCCCAUCCCCCAGUAUUCAUAGGGGUUUGUUGUUUAUUUAAAAAAAAAAAACAACUAUUUAUUUGCUGUAUUCCACAAAGUAAUUUAUUUUCAUUACCUUUCUUAGAAAUGUGGGUCUACAUAUCGUUAGUACAAGAAAUAUAUGUUGGUUGUUGUUUCCCAAACUAACCUGUAUUAUUUGAUGAGUUAAAUAAAAUGCCUCAAUCGGCGUCUGCCAUUGCUACCCUUUUGCAUUUGAAUUAUUUAUCUUACUUUCAUUCCCUUUCUAAAUAAAGGGGAGUUAUAAAUCCUCAGUACUCUGUGACAAUUUCUGUACUAUGAAUAUAGACAGUGUCAUUUUUUUUAUUUUAAUGAUGGAACUUAAAAGAAUCAUGUUCAAGGUUGCUUUUGAAUACCAGUUUUUUCCCCCCUUCUUCUUUAAUUGCCCCAGAGAUGGCUUUGCAGAGUGACCACAGACCUGGAUAUGAGCUCUGGUUCUCUUAUUGGUGAGUUGAAAUAACGUACUCAUCUCUUCACUGAGCCUCUGUUUUCUUGACUGUAAAGCGGGGAGAAUGUCCCCCACCCUAAGGCCUGAUAGGGAGAUUUGAUUAGGUAACCCGUGGAAAGCACCACCAGGCAUGUGAGAAGCCAUCACCAUCCUGCUCCUCUUGGCAAAGUGAGCUGUUCUGUAACAUCGUGCUGGACAAAUACUGAGGGGAGGGAGUAUUGCGUAUUUUUGUUCUGUUUUCUUUAAAGAUUG